CAAAAGCAACAUUGAAUUUUCCAGAGAUUCGUGAGCAACCAACUACAAACGUCACAAUUUGAUGAUGAUCAAAACGAUGAAAUCGACAUUGAGUUUUGAAGGCAGCGCAAACUUAACGAUCCAUUCGACUUGUAAGGCUUUCACGUUUAUUACUUGGAUAGGGGGGAGGGGGAUAUUGCAAAGCGAGAGAAAAACAUGUUAUUCAAGAAUAUUCCACAAAGUUCUAUACAGAGUGUAUAUGUGUAUGACAACGCGUGCGCGCACUCUUGAGCAAUCGAUGGUGCAAUUUUUUUUGUGUUUUUCACGUUUGCCGGGUGGGGAGGAGAUUACGAGUUUGGGCGAAUAUAGUCACUGGCUAUCUUUGUUUUCUGUUUAUCUUGGCAAUGAAAACAAAUAUUUGGUGUUGGUUUCAAAAUAGGAUAACAAGCGAGAGGAGGUUUUUUUUAAUUAUUUGAAUUUUGGUCGAUUUUUUCUGACAGCGGCCAUCUGGUGGUCGUUGGAAUAACGACGUACGUAAACAAUAAACAGAACGAAACGCCACAUGACAACAGACAGGAAAACUGGUUCUUGUGAAAAGCACAUUCAAAUGAAAUUCAAAUAGUCUCUACAUGUUUGUGUUUAGUGAAAUCGUCGAGAUUUUAUGGCCAUUUGGUUCGUCCUUGAAAAUGGACAAAGAAUAUCCAGAAACCUGGCGAUGGCUCAUAUUGUGCGUUCGACAGUGUUUCAAAAUUUCCGCUUGCAACGGAUGACUUGGCAAAUCGUCGACUUUCCAUUUCAUCAGUAUAUGGCGUUGUGCCACCAUGACUUGGAACGAGAGAGGGAGAGAUCGAGAGAAGGCAGAGGAAUCAAAACGACUAGAAGGAGGAAAAAGGACAUUUGCUCGAUGAAGAUGGCAAGAGCCAAUGGGACGAUGAGGUGGCUCCUCUUGCUCCUGGCCGCCACCGUCUGCAGCGGCCAGCAGAAUCACGUCGACCUCACCGACGACGACCACAACCACAACCCCAUGGGAUGCGACUGCAUGGAAUACUGGGCCUGCAUCACCAGCGGAGGCUCGGCGUACAGCUACUGCGGCAACAUGGACCAGAGCGUGUGUUGCUACGUGCCGCGAGGCGCCCGCCCCAUCGGACUCUUGCCCGUCCUCAACAAGUCCAAGUGCGGCCGCAAAGGAAACGUGGCCGCAGCCGUUGGCGAUCGCAAGCGCAGCGACGGACUAGCCGAUUUGGGAGAAUGGCCGUGGCAUGCGGCCGUGCUGGAAAAACCGCAGGAUCUGUACGUUUGCGGGGCCUCGCUUCUGGACGAGUCGUGGGUCGUGACGGCCGCACAUUGCGUCGAUGAUUAUUUGGCGAGUGGCAACAUCAGCUCGGUGCUGAAGGUGCGGCUUGGCGAAUACGAUGUUAGCGUGACGACCGAGCAGCUGGCCUACGAGGAGUUGGACGUUUCGCACGUCAUGGUCCACCCGCAAUUCAACAAUUUGUCUCUGGCCAAUGACAUCGCUCUGCUCCGUUUCGUACAGCCGGCCAGACGCCGGCCUCAUAUCGACGUCGUCUGCAUGCCUCAUCCGGGCCAAGUCUCCGAGACGGAAGGAACCCGCUGCGUCGUCACCGGUUGGGGACGCAAAUUGGAGGAUGGAACUCAUUCGGUGAUCCUGAAGGAGAUCGAGGUGCCUUUGUGGGACGACGCCAAGUGUCAGGCGGCGUUAAAGACCCAAUUUGGGCCCAAUUUCGUCCUGCCGUCCACGUCCAUCUGCGCCGGCGCAGAAGGCAGAGACGCUUGUGAUGGAGACGGAGGAGGUCCUCUCGUCUGCGAAAAAGAAGGUCAGUGGUUCCAGGUGGGUGUCGUCAGUUUCGGCAUCGGCUGUGGGCGGACCAAUUUGCCAGGCGUCUACACUCGACUCUCGGCUUUCGACGGAUGGAUCCACGAAACCAUCCGCAGUUUCAAGACCCUCUCCGGUUAAUAACAAGAUCAAAUAAAAGCAAGAAAUGUUGACAAUUCUAAGGAUAAAAACAACAAAAAACAAAACAAAAAAAAAUGGAACGAACUGGACGAUCGAUAUUAAAAUUAUAGAGUAAAUUGAGAGAGAGAGAAAGAGAUGACACAACGACGAGUCGUGAAAAUGUUCUGAAUUCAAGUGCAAUCAUGGCAGAUUCCAUCCAUCCAUCCACUUUUGGUCGAAUUGGGGUCGAUAUCAUUUCACCUGGAAAAAUGGAAGGAGGUUAACAUUUUUACUUUGAAAUUAUUAUUAUUACCAUCCCCGUUUCUCCCCCAUCGUGAAAGCGAAUCUGUGCGGCCAAUUAGUUUUUUUUUCUCUCUCGAGAAAACGCAAAUAAAUUUAAUUAGGAACGGUGUUUUUUUCCGAUGAGGCAUUUACACUCCCAGCAGAGUGGAAAAUAAAGGGAAACGAAAAAACAUUUUUGUCAAGACACGGGAAAUGCUGAAGAGGCGCAGGGCGCAAAGCUGCAAGUUGGACGAGUGCGUGUUUUUUAUAAUUUUUUUUUUUUUUGUUUUGCAUUUAUUUUAUUUUUUAAAGAUGACGAGACCUAUAUUAAAUAUCAUAGCGUACGAAUUUCAUGGGGAAAAAAAUGACGACUGCGUUCUGUUUCGUUCACACACCGGCAAAACGAGAUUUUUGUAAUCACACAAGAUUUUUAUAUAAUUCCAUCCCACAUUUUUUUUCGUUGAUUUUCAUUUUCUCUUUUUGAUGUUUUUACCCAAAUUUUGUUUUCAAAUCACCUCCCUCCAAUUGUCAUUUUUUUUAUAUUGAAAAUUCACAACAAAUUAUUUUUGUUUAAUAACACGAAACGUGUUUCCUCGGGUUGCUGAUAUGUGCGUGCGUGAACAAUGUUUUUUUUUUUGGGUGCUGCGCUUCCAUAUUUCUUUAUUUUUUCACCCCUCCUCUCCCCUCGUCUUGUCUUUAUAAUUUCCAUCCAAUUCGAAUUGCAUUGUAUAACUUGGAAUGACACACACAAUUUGUUUUUGAAAAUUUUUUUUUUGACAUUCGGCACUUGAAUACAGUGUCCUUGUACAUUGCCUAUAAA